AUGACAAUCAAGGUGUGGACGACGAAGCAAGAUGGCCUGGAUAAGCUCAAGUUCACCACGGCCGAGAAACCGCAGCCCAAGGAUGGCGAAGUGCUCGUCAAAAUCAACGCGGUAUCCUUGAACUAUCGAGACACCGAAGGAAUGUAUCGAGGUCCCCGGUCUCUUCGCCAGCUCUGCUGACUGAGAUUAGUUUGUAUGGGAUUGUACAACCAGUACGUGUGCCAUAUCCUCGCAGCAGAGCGUAGUGAGGACGCCAUCCGUCCGCUUCACCAUGACGGCGUGCUUGCAAUCUGGAGACGAAAUCCCGCGCGGAACAGCCGCCCUUGCGAGUUGCAUCCGCGAUGAGCGUCGUCCAUGGCAAACAUCCGCUGCUGCAGUCUGCUUCAUCGCUCCAAAAGACGUACUGAUCCUUAUCUCUAGCCACAAGACCGUCGGUGAAGCCGAAGAGCUCGUGCCCUGUAGCGAUGCCUGUGGCACAAUUGAGGAUCCAGGCUCUUCGGCAUGGAAAGCGGGCCAGCGUGUCAUGUCCAUCUUCAAUCAGACUCAUCUGACCGGCCAAGUCAAAGAGAAGGAUAUGUUAAGCGGCAGCGGCAAGCCGCUGCCGGGUGUGCUCAGUGAGUUCCGGUGCUUAGCCGCCGAGUCUCUCGUUGCUGUGCCCGAUUACAUGACCGACGAGGAGGCCUCAUGUCUACCUAUUGCUUCUGUGACUGCCUGGAUGAGCAUCAAUGGGAUGCGCCCUCUCGGACAUCCGGCUCGAGGCGAUGGGACCGUGCUCCUGCAGGGAACCGGUGGGGUGUCUAUCGCAGGCCUCCAGAUUGCUCACGCAGCCGGUCUGAAGACGAUUAUCACAUCUUCAUCCGACGCCAAGCUGGAAAGGGCAAAACAACUCGGUGCUGACCAUGGAAUCAACUACAUAUCUCAACCGGAAUGGCAGGACGAGGUGAUGCGUUUGACAGACAACGAAGGUGCGGAUGUCAUCUUCGAGACGGGAGGAGCAAAAACCCUGCGGAAGAGCUUUGAUUGUGUUGCCUUUGGUGGCUUGAUCGAUUGUAUCGGCUAUCUUUCAGGAAAGGAGGACGACCCGAGCGACCGCAUCAACACGAACGUCCUGGCCCUUCGUCGGAAUGUCACAUUGAAAGGCAUCCUCAACGGCCCGCGAGACAGGUUCGUGGAGUUAACCAAGUUCUACGCCGAGCACGAAAUUCAUCCCGUGGUCGACAAAGUUUUCACGUUUGAACAGGCCCAGGAAGCGCUGCAAUACUUGUUCUCUGGAGGUCACUUCGGCAAAGUUGUUGUGAAGAUAGCGUGA